AUGGAUGAGGAUGGCAGUGUUGCCAAGUCUCGCGAGAAAAAUAAGCCCAAAACUAGCGGCAAUGCCUUUGGAUGUGACAGCCCUUGUAUGAUAAAGAUAGGCCACGCCCACAAUGGUGUGGGAAAGAUUAAAGUGGACAACCACAUGUGUUUCCAAGAUGUUUCCAUCCUGGUAGCUGUUAGUGGGACAUACUGCGUGGUUGAGCUCUACAUCGAUGAACAAUGCGACAUACACAUCCAAAAUAUAGGGAACAGUUACAAAGCUACAUCUAAGAAUAAAUCCAUCUCUGGUUGCUGGAAGGCCAACGUUGGGUCAGCCAUAUUGGAACAGAUUCCAAUGACUGACCGCUACAAGCAGUGGGUGGAUGAAGUGUUCUGGAUGUUUGGAGGAUUUGCCAUGUGUGCAGUAGAAACUCUUCAGACCAAAGAUGGGCGGAAUACAUUUUUCAGGUAGGCAGUGAACGACUCUUCCAUGGCAUUGCUACGUGAGAAUCAAGAAGAUCACAGACUAAUUGCUGAUCUUAUAGUUCGUAAAAUGCAUAGCUACUGUAAGCCUAACAUGAGCCAACAGACAUUUAGAACAAACAGCGCAGCUCCUGCUGGCGAUGACCAACCAAGAGAAGACCAAUCCGCCCAGGCUACGACUCAAUCGGUGAGUAUUUAUCAUUAA